AUGAAGGCCUCUGUGCUCUUAGCAGUGACUUCAAUGUGUUCUGAUGAUUGGUUGGUAGCCAGAAUUAACAAAAGGCCCUUUGGUAAUGACACAGAAGUCAGAUUUGGUGACCUACGCCUGGGACAUAACUGUCCCAUAACAAGGAUGCUGUCAUUUAACUAUGAGUUUUCUUAUCCUGUCAUUUAUUGUGGGAUCAAUAAAAUUGUGUCCCAAGAGAAUGAUGUUGUCAUAUUAUCUCAGGUCAAUUAUAGACCAACAUUGGAUAUCACCUAUGAAUUUCAGGUGGUUUGCUUUGUAAAGAGGCUUAGAUUUCCAUCUGUGGUGCCUUUUGGAAUGAAUGGGUAUGACGUCAAUUCCUUGAGUGACAGCUCCCGAGGAAUAAAAGGGCAAUGGUCGUCAGCUCCCACACAAAGUAAAACGUGUGAACCUAAUUUUAGCAGUGCUACUAAGGAGUGA